AUGGUAACUGUGAGCGUAGUAAUAAACAACGAGCUCUGCCGUAUCAUUGCAGGAGUUCGCGCCAGAAUCUGCUUCUUAAAAUAUGUGACUAGUUCAGAGGGUGGCGAGUCGUGGCAGGAGGCUGGCCGCCGCCUCACGCUGUACGGACGCGCCGCCAAGUUCCGGCGCCAGAAGAAGGCCGCCAAGACGCUCGGCAUCGUCGUGGGCGGCUUCCUGCUCUGCUGGUUCCCCUUUUUCCUCAUCCUGCCCAUCGACGCGUCGUGCUCGUCGUGCGACCUGUCCGGCGCGCCGUUCACGUUCGCCUUCUGGUUGGGCUACUUCAACAGCUGCAUCAACCCGUUCAUCUACGCGUGCUCGUCGCGCGAGCUGCGGCGCGCCUUCCGCGCCACCCUGUGCUGCGCCUGCCGCGGGAGAAGACUCUGCCACAAGAUGCAGCCAUGCGCCACAACGGAACGACCGGCCUGCCACCUGCAGGAGCCUCGUGACUUGCAGCAGCCGAAGGCGACUUCACCAGAGAGUUACGCUGCGUUCAUCAUGUCUGCAGCUUGCGACGUCGGGGCUCGUUACGAAUAUGACUCUCACUAA